AUGGCUGAUUUGUUUCAAGAGUUAUUAAACCCGCCUAGCUCAGCCGACCGUCGUUCAAAUGACAAAACUCAGACUGAUCCUGUUGCCCUCCAAUAUCUUUCCUCAUUGGCUUCUAUGCCCCUUUCUCAAUUAGAUGGCUUCGAACAGCAAUCCUUAGCCCAAUCUUCUCAUUCACUACACCUCGCCUUGCAGGCCCUUUCUAAACGUUCUCAUAAGUCUAUCAUCAACUCGGCAGCUAAUCAUGCACACCUUGGUACUACGCUUCCUACUCUAGCAGCCUCGGCCACUGACUUAACGGCCGCGAUACCUAAGUUAGAUAAUGAAGCAGUUCGUUUUUCAACUACUUACCAUAAGUCUGGAGACAAUGAACUUCUUAAUGCUCGGAAGCGAGCCCUGUUAUUAUCGAGAAAUGUCGAACGAUUAGUUGACGUGCUUGAUCUCCCUACUUUACUCUCUACUGCCAUCUCCACAGGCUCUUCUGCCCCGGCUGCAAAUUAUGCAUCCGCGCUGGAUCUUAACGGUCAUAUCCGUCGACUGCAUGGCCUAUACCCCGACUCACCUUUGGUGGCAUCUGUUUCCACACAGGCCGAUGAAGCUAUGCAGGCCAUGGCCAAAAACUUGAUAAUGGGCCUACGCACACCCGGUCUCAAGCUAGCAUCUGCCUUGAGAACGGUCAGCUGGCUCCGAAGAGUCAUACCGGAUCUUGAUACUACCGGCGCCACUGGAAAUGGCGGAGGGCUAGGAGCUUUGUUCCUCGUAUGCCGUCUGUCGACACUCAUCAAUAUGCUAGCUGCCUUGGAGCCACUUCGUGAGCUAGCGGAACAGGAAAGGAUACGGCAACAGCAAAACCCAACAGGGAGCGCCUGGUCUGGAGGACAGCAAACAGAGCGAUACCUCAAGCGUUACAUAGAGAUAUUCAGGGAACAAAGUUUUGCCAUCAUCUCAAUGUUUAGGAGUAUAUUUCCUACGCACACAAAUGAGACGCCGUCAAAAACAACCAAUAAUGACCCUCUACAGCCUGUACCAUCCGCAGGAUCAACAUUCUUAUUUCACCUUAUCGAGAUGUUAAUGGAGACGCUCCGGAUUUACCUACCAACUGUUAAAGACCAGCCGUCCCGUGACAGUUUAUUAACACAAGUUCUUUACUGCGCCGGAAGUCUUGGGCGUCUUGGGGGAGACUUUGGGAUCCUGCUAGCCACUAUCGAUGUCGGAGAUGAAGCAGAAGAUGAAUGGGUCGAGGUAAUUAAGCGUCACCGGCUCAUGGCAGGUCGUCUAGAAUCAAUAGUCGGCGGUAAAGAGAAAGGGGCCGCAGAGCCCAUCAAGACAUAA